ACGGGCAUAAACGCGGGUUGAGGAGGAGGAAGGUCGAAAGAAACGUUGGUAUUUAUUAUAUUUGGGGGUUUAUUUUUGGGGGUGUGUGUGUAUGUUUCCUCCCAAUGCUGCGACGCAUUAACCCUGCUGCUAUUGGGACAUUCUCUGCUCAGCCUAUUGGCUGAGCCCAGGAGCUGCUGCCUGCCAAUCGGGUAGUGAAAGGCAGACAAAUCUACCCCGCCACCAGCAAAAAACGGCGCGUAACCCUUGCUGCGCCGGCGGAGCCGCGCCAGACCUGGCGCGGGGAAGGGAGAUAGGUGUCUCCAGCUGCUGAGGCUGUUAGGGGCGGGUCAGCUUCUUUGGCUUCUCCGGACCCAGUAGAGCAGUAGCGGACGGCAGCAAUGCCCAGCAAGGUGAGAAGCUGGGUAGAAAUUUGGUGGGGGGCUACCCUUUUGUUCCUCAUUUGCCACCUGGGCUACGUUUGUGGGCAGAUUCGCUACCCGGUCCCAGAGGAGUCACAGGAAGGGACUUUUGUAGGGAAUGUCGCCCAAGAUUUUCUGCUGGAUACAGAGAGUCUAUCAGCUCGCAGGCUGCAGGUCGCUGGAGAGGUGAACCAAAGACACUUCCGUGUGGAUUUGGACAGCGGAGCCCUGCUCAUCAAAAAUCCAAUCGAUCGAGAGGCACUGUGUGGGCUCAGUGCCAGCUGCAUCGUGCCCCUGGAGUUUGUAACCGAAGGGCCUUUGGAGAUGUACCGAGCGGAGGUUGAGAUCGUAGAUGUGAAUGAUCACGCCCCCCGAUUUCCGCGGCAGCAGUUGGACUUGGAAAUCGGGGAAGCAGCUCCGCCAGGACAGCGUUUCCCCUUGGAAAAGGCUCAGGAUGCAGAUGUGGGGAGCAAUUCCAUUAGCAGCUACAGACUAAGCUCCAAUGAGCACUUUGCCCUGGAUGUCAAGAAGCGCAGCGACGGCAGCCUGGUCCCAGAGCUGCUUCUGGAGAAGCCUUUGGAUCGGGAGAAGCAAUCGGACUACCGCCUGGUGCUGACUGCUGUGGACGGAGGGAACCCCCCUAGAUCUGGCACCGCGGAGCUCCGGGUGUCAGUGCUGGAUGUGAAUGACAACGCCCCAGCCUUCCAGCAAUCCAGUUACAGGAUCAGCGUGUUGGAGAGUGCACCAGCAGGCAUGGUGCUCAUCCAGCUCAAUGCCUCGGACCCAGACCUGGGACCUAGUGGUAACGUCACCUUUUCUUUCAGUGGUCACACCCCUGAUCGUGUGAGAAACCUCUUUAGCCUUCACCCCACGACUGGAAAGCUUACCCUUCAGGGGCCUCUAGACUUCGAGAGCGAGAAUUACUACGAAUUUGAUGUGAGGGCUCGUGAUGGGGGUUCUCCAGCCAUGGAGCAACAUUGCAGCCUUAGGGUGGAUCUCCUGGAUGUAAACGACAAUGCCCCCCACAUCACAGUGACCUCAGAGCUGGGAACUCUACCAGAGAGUGCAGAACCGGGCACUGUGGUGGCCCUCAUCAGCGUGCAGGACCCUGACUCUGGGUCAAAUGGAGAUGUGAGCCUCCGCAUCCCUGACCACUUACCGUUUGCCCUCAAGUCUGCCUUCAGGAACCAGUUCUCCCUCGUGACAGCCGGACCCUUGGAUCGAGAGGCUAGGUCCAGUUAUGACAUCAUGGUUACUGCUUCUGAUGCUGGGAACCCUCCCCUGAGUACCCACAGGACUAUUUUCCUCAAUAUUUCAGAUGUGAAUGACAACCCACCCUCAUUCUUCCAGAGGUCACAUGAGGUGUUCGUUCCGGAGAACAAUCGCCCAGGGGACCUGCUUUGCUCCCUUGCAGCCUCUGACCCCGACUCUGGCUUAAACGCACUGAUCUCAUACUCUCUCUUAGAGCCCAGAAAUCGAGACGUGUCCGCUUCUUCCUUCAUCUCUUUGAACCCCCAGACAGGAGCUGUCCAUGCCACUAGAUCGUUUGACUAUGAACAAACUCAGACCCUGCAGUUUGAGGUACAGGCCAGGGACAGAGGCAGCCCACCCCUCAGCAGCACUGUCACGGUGCGCCUGUUUGUGCUGGACCUCAAUGACAAUGCCCCCGCUGUGCUGCGCCCCAGGGCCAGACCUGGUUCCUUAUGUCCCCAAGCAUUGCCUCCAUCAGUUGGUGCUGGUCACCUAGUCACAAAGGUGACGGCUGUGGACUUGGAUUCCGGUUACAACGCCUGGGUUUCCUAUCAGCUCCUGGAGGCCCCAGACCCCAGUCUCUUUGCGGUCUCCAGAUACGCUGGGGAAGUUCGGACGGCUGUUCCCAUCCCAGCUGACCUCCCACCCCAGAAGCUGGUCAUUGUGGUGAAGGACAGUGGUACCCCACCACUCUCUACCUCUGUUACUCUCCUGGUGUCUUUAGAGGAAGACACUCAUCCGGUCGUCCCCGAUCUUCGAGAGUCUUCAGCUCCCAGAGAAGGAGAAUCCCGUCUAACCCUCUACCUGGCUGUGUCCCUGGUGGCAAUCUGCUUUGUCUCCUUUGGUUCUUUUGUGGCCCUGCUCUCUAAGUGUCUUCGUGGGGCUGCCUGUGGGGUGACGUGCUUUCCUGCCGGCACCUGUGCCUGUCUCACCAGAUCUCGGAGGAGGGAGGGGCUUCCUCCUUCCAAUGGGAUCCUCCGAAUCCAGCUCGGGUCAGAGGAUCCUAUCAAGUUUGUGGAUGUGGGAGGCCACUCUCACGGCUGUACGCCAUUGGCUUCUGCGCCCACUCGGAGUGACAGCUUCAUGAUGGUGAAGUCACCCAGUGCACCUAUGCCAGGGGAGCCUGUGCGCCCAAGCUGUCCACCCUCUGAUCUUCUCUAUGGGCUCGAGGUGAGACCUUUGCAGGCUCAGACAAUGCUUGGGGGCUGUUGUGAUCCAGACAGAUGGCCGGGCCAAGGGCCAGAGAGUGCUGGCCUCCCCGGAAGAGCCCAUAGUCAUGCCACCAUUUUUGUGAGUAGUAACUAUGUUGUAAAUGCUGUGCUCUCCACGUGUUUUCUGAAUUGACUGAUGAUUGGAACUUGGGGGUGAGUAAUGCCCAUAGAUUGGAACUGGGGGUGAGCAAUGCCCACACUUGAGAGUAAGAAGUAAAUUAACUGGUUAUCAAGAACCAACCUGUUGUGGAAGCAUGCUGAUGGGAUGGAUUGGGCCGGGAAAUCACCUAAACCCAGGACUUCUUCCUCCGUUCUUCCUGAAGGAGGGGGUUGUGGUCUAGAGAAUGUUAACUCUGGAUUACCAUUUCCAACUGGUUUGAUGGUAGCACUAAAACUCUUUGCCCCCUGUGGUCUAGUAUUCUCUAGAACAAUGUGAGGGGAACUGUUUAUUGGGGAAAAAGGAAAGCCUUACAGAUCAAAGUGGUAGCAGGGAUCUUUCUCUGGGCUCCUGAUAUUCCC